AUGUCUCGGUGCUUUCCGUACCCUCCGCCGGGGUAUACACUCAGCGGAGCCAGGAAUGAGGCCGCCCUGAUCGAAUCGAUUAAGUUCCAAAAGGAGAAAGAAAGGAAGCUUGAGAGGAAAGAGAAGAAAGAGAGAAGGAAGGAGAAGAAGGCGAAAAGAAAGGAGAGGAAAGCGAGGAAGAAAGAGAAGAACGAAAAAGCAAAUCUGAAUCCUGGUGAGUCAGAUAUUCAGAAGCUUCUCAUUAGUGCCGAGAAGUCAAGUAUUCAGAAGCAUGAUAUCAGCCCAAAGAGCUUUUCCAAUAGAAAAAUAGAGGCUCUUCAAAAGAAAAGAGCAGCUGAAAAUAACCAAUCAGAACAAAGCAGUCUCACGGAGGAGCAGGCACUUCCUUCAAGUUUGUUCAUUCCAAGCUCUUCUUCUGAGAGCACAGAGAACAGCAAGAAAAGGAAGAGGCAGUCACCGCCUGAAGACGAUACACACAGUCAGGAGCCCGAGCUUCCUACCAAUUCGUCUGGAAAUCACCAGAAUUUGCAAGCUGAAGACGGCAAAACCUCUGCGUAG